ACCACAUAAACCUCGAAACGAGGAUGAAGUAGCUAUCCAAAUGAAAUUUGAUAGGUUUAUCAGAACGUUCACGAUAACAUACGCUCUUAUAAUGACGAGUUCCAUUACAGGCAUCACUAUGGGAUCAAUAUUAAAAGAUGUCGGCAUGGAUACUCUAAUCUUAGGAUUGUUUUUGCAAACGUGUGCUCAGCUUGAAAUUUUCGAAAGUCGUCUUCACAAAUUAAUAAUUAAUAAAACAGUUCGAGAUCAGGGACGUAAACCUUCGAUGUCGAAUAAGGACGAAGUGGAGAUAUCGGAAAUCGUACGUCAUCAUCUCAUCAUUUACAAAUACGCUAAAACGGUAAAUAUUAUAUACAACCAAGUGAUCUUCUUUCAAUUCUUUGAAAGCAUAGUGGUAUUAUGUACAUGCAUUUAUUACUUGACAAUGUAUAUUAAUGAACUGUUUGCAUUAGCGAAUUUUUUGGGAUAUACCAUUGUCAUGUUUGUACAAAUCUUCGUUUAUUGUUGGUCUGCAAACGAAGUCAUUCUUAAGAGUACAAGUGUAGGAGACGCUAUAUAUUGCACGAACUGGCCAUUAAUACCAGUUAACGAACAAAAGGACUUGCUGUUAAUCAUGAUGCGAACCACAAUUCCUAUAACGUUCACAAGCAGCUUUUUGGUAACCCUUUCUCUUGAAUCUUACGGCAAUAUCUUGAAAGCGUCAUACUCGGCAUUUAAUGUGCUUACAUAGUAAGGUAUAAAGAACCAAACGUGUAAUUGGGCAUAA